AUGCGAUGCGCGAGCAAGGCCGCCGAGAGCGCGUCUGCACAUCUCUGUGCAGACGCCGAAGCAGAAACAACAGCAACUGAUGUCUCAUCGGUUGCUGAAGCGACUCAGCCUGUGUCACUUGGUGAUGCAAGCGCUGGUCAUGAAGACACUCAUGUCUUCACAGAGUAUGAGCUCGGUGUCUCAUACUCUCCUGAUACGGAAGACGGAUCCGUUUCGACGGCGAUCGAAUCCAAGCCGCCUGCCAAGCGCGGCAUGGAUAAUGCUAUGCGUCGUAGCAUCUUUGGCGCUCACAGUGGUGUCGGUUCUCCUAUGGACACCACUUCGCAACGAGGUGCCAGUCCUUCUGUCGGCACGUCGCAGGAAGAGCGGGACCGCAACGUGUUGCGUCUCGCUCCUGAGAAGAAGGCAUGGAUGCCUCCAAAAUCCGUCAUGGAUCACUUGUAG